AACCUAGAAAUCCUGGUCCCACAGUAAAAAUGUGUUUGAAAACAAUGCAGUCUGGUAUUGUAAUGAAGUUUCAUUGAUGGCCUAUGCACUGCCUUCCUCUGCCUUACCCAGAGUUGCUGAAUCAGGGCUGUAGCUAGCAGUUGGAAGCUGGCCAGCGCUGAAGAGCGAUGGGAGGAGCUGGCUCUGCAAAUUGCCUAGCAUCGUCUGACAUAUGACAAGUCAGCUGCUGCUGUAGUUGCGUGUGUCUAAAUCAAAAGAACAAACCUUCCCUGAUCUCCACUGAAUCUAACCAUUUUCCAGUCGCCUUUUUCAUUUGCCUCCUGAGACUAUUCUUUCUCCUCCCUCGGUGCCUUGCCUGCCCACCCUCCCUUGUUUGCCAGCUCGCUCACGAAACGAGAUCCACAGUGACUGUCUGCCAGCGACAUGAGGAAGGAGGGGCGUGUGGCUCUUUCAGCCAGCCAGGAUCUGAGACAGGAAUUUUUUCAUUACACAGUUGUUAGUUAGAAAAACCGAAAGGGGGGGUGGCGGUCGGUGCGAGCUGGGGGAGGCUGCUAGCUGAUGUCAUUAGCAGGGGUGUGCAAGUGCAUCAGCAGCCAGGUCACAUGCUGCUAGGUGGGUCAGUGAUGUGGACGGAGAUGCAUGGCAGUCGCACCGAGCACAGUCGCAGCAGACCGGCAGGAAUCGGAGCUGGCUUCAGUGGGCAGCAGGAUGCUCUUUCCUGGCAGUGGUGGCAUUAGUGGCUCCCAGGAGGCUUCCUCAAGGGGCCUGCCCGACGUCAAUGAUCUGGGCCUCGGCCUCCAGUCCCUCAGCUUGUCAGGCUGGGAGCGUCCUUGGAGCAGCCACGAUGCUGACACACACCCCACUGCCUCCACCCAGGCCCAACUCGGCUCUCCCUCCAUGCUGGGCAUGCUGGGGAGUCCCCUAGGCAACAUCCUGGGCAGGCCACUGGGCUACCCACCUGGCGAGCCCAUGGGCACCGCGGCCGACUUCCUAGACAAGUUCCCUGGGAUGGCACGCAUGGGAGGCCGUCUGGACUCGCGCUCUUUCCUGGACUCGCGCUCUAGCAGCCCCGUGGACUCUGAGACCAGCGGCUUCAGCUCUGGCUCCGAUCACCUCUCUGACCUACUGUCCUCCCUGAGGAUAUCCCCUCCCCUCCCCUUCCUCAUGUCCAACAUGCAGAAGGACCCCCUGCGCCUUAACCUAAGCUCCCGUCUGGACCACCACCUCGACAAUAGCGCUGGCUCCCCUCUCACCCCCCCAUCCAGUGCCAGUCCUUCUUCAGGCACCCUGGCCCGCCGUUGGCCCGCCUCCUCACUGUGGCCCGGUCUGGACCUGCUGGACACACCCGAUGACCCCUUCAGCAUCGAGAGGGAGGCCCGUCUCCACAGACAAGCUGCAGCGGUUAACGAGGCCACCUUCACCUGGAGUGGACAGCUUCCUCCACGGACUAACAAGAACCCUCUUUACUCCUGCAAAGUCUUCUUGGGAGGAGUGCCCUGGGACAUCACUGAAGCUGGCCUGAUCAGCACAUUCAGUGGUUAUGGCCCUCUCAGUGUCGAGUGGCCGGGUAAGGAUGGCAAGCACCCUCGCUGCCCUCCCAAAGGCUAUGUGUACCUGGUGUUUGAGAAUGAGAAGUCAGUGCGUGGACUGCUUCAGGCCUGCUCUCAAGACCUGCUCCACCCAGAGGACAACGGAGAGUACUACUUUAAGAUGUCCAGCCGCAGGAUGCGCUGCAAGGAUGUGCAGGUGAUCCCUUGGGUGAUCUCAGACAGCAACUUUGUGCGCUGCCCCUCCCAGCGCCUGGACCCUAGCAAGACUGUGUUUGUGGGGGCAUUGCACGGCAUGCUUAAUGCUGAGGCCCUGGCCAGCAUCAUGAACGACCUUUUCGGAGGGGUCAUGUAUGCUGGUAUUGACACGGACAAGCACAAGUACCCCAUAGGGUCUGGCCGUGUCACCUUCAACAACCAGCGCAGCUACCUAAAGGCUGUGUGUGCUGCCUUUGUUGAGAUCAAAACCCCCAAGUUCACAAAGAAGGUUCAGAUUGACCCAUAUCUGGAGGACUCCAUGUGCCAGGUGUGCAGCCGCCAGCCAGGACCCUUCUUUUGCAGAGACCAGGCCUGCUUCAAGUACUACUGCCGCUCCUGCUGGCACUGGCAGCACUCCAUGGACAUCCUGAGCAACCACCGGCCCUUGAUGCGUAACCAGAAGAACCGGGACUCCAGCUAGAGUCCAGGAGUCCUUCUACAGCUAGGGGCCAGGAGUGAAAGCCCCACACCACACGGGGUGAGGCUGCCCACUGAGCAGAGCACGAGUCCCAGGGUCCUUCCCCCAACUCCCCGCACUGGAGAGAGGGGAGGGCACGACGGCACUCCACCAGAGCUGGGGAUAAACACAAAGUUCACUUGCACUUGCUAAAUUUUUGCUGUUUACUUGUUCACAAUGGCACUAUGCACAGUGACCUUGUUGGGAUGGACAAGGGUGGCCCUCCCUCACACUUAUGCAGUUGUCCCAGACUUGGUAAAUUGAUGGUUUCAGGCCAGGGUUCAAAUGUAGAUGAAAAUGCCUUUUUUUUUUCCUUUUUGAUUUGUUUUACAUGUGUUGCAUAUUGAUAGAGCAAUCAUGCAAGUCUCAUUGCCGUUCAUUGGCAGAUGCCAUACAGUGCCUUUAAAUUGCUUUCCCCUUCCCUCACCCCAAGUUGGCUAACUGUUUUUUCCUGUGCAAGCCAACUGGUGUUUUUUACUUUAGAAGAGAGUUGGGCUUACUUUAACCAGUCGCAUUGCAGACAUUUUUACGCAGUUUUUUACUAAUUUGUACACAAACGGUUUUAAGUCAUGACAUGGAAAUUUUGAACUGAAUUCCACCUGGCGGCUUUUUAAUUAAUUUUUCAUCCAUUAAUUUUUUUCCUUCAACCCCAUGCAUUUGCUUUGGGGCUGUUGGCAACUUUUCAGUUUUUCAUCCCCACCCUUCCCAACGUUCAAUAAUGAACGGGCACAUAUAGAAAUGGUGUUGAAGCAUUACUUUGCUUGUAUUGUCAGUCCAGUUCUUAGACAAUUGUACAACAUUGCAGGACACCGCUCCUGCUUGGUUACCAUCAAGUUCAAAUCAAUUUAAUGGGUACCAUUACCAAGACUGGUGCAGAUGUUGACAUUUUGAUUGUACAUAGUUUAUUGUUGCACUUUUUAAUUUGCACUUUAGAGGGGGUGGCAGUGGUUUUUAAAUCACUUGAUUUGUACAUAAGUAGAUGGACAGGUAUGUCUUGGGCAGGUAAGCCAGGAACUUAACAGCUGCUUGUUUCCUGUUGUAUGUAGAACUUCCACUUUGCUGAUCAAACAAUGUACCCAGAGCUUGAAUAGACCUACCACAGAAUUCCCCCUUUCUUACCCCAUUGCCUACCUUGUUCCAGUUAGACAAUUACAUUGCGCUGUGUGCCAAAGACUUAUUUUUUCCUCCAAGUUUCACAUGCUGAGCCUUGUCUUUUAGCCCAGCUGCAUUUUAGAGUUUUGAAAGUCUACCUCAUUGUGGUCUGCCAAGUUUGCUGCUACUUAACGGAUGUGGAAUAUGUUCAGAUUGGGCACAAUAAAGGUGUUAAAGCAUUAUUUCUACUGUUUCUUAAUGGAAUGCACGCUGACGGUUAUGUGACAGAAUACAAGAAUCAACUUCAUUGCCAAGUAUGCCUACACAUGUUAAGUACAUGUUUGAAGUUUCAUCUUUUUACUUUACACCUUGUGGGGUUUGAAAUUACUGCUGUGCUCUACCUACAUCCUUUUUUAGCUGAAUUUAGUCCUGCUCAAGUACCAUGGUAGCUACUCAAAGACUUGUGUCAAACAUGACCCUUACUGCUUUGACAUGCAAUGUCAAGGGACAUAAUGGGUUACAUUUAAAAACGUAAUUUCAUCCUUUUUAGACGGUAUUACAGCUGUGCUUGCAUGGCAUGAAUUUGUGCAAGCAGUUUGCAUGACAUGCAAUAUGUUUGGUACAAACUGGCUAAACCUUGAAAUGUGC